GAUUUGUUGCCGUCGUUAGCGUUAUCUGCAGGGUGUCAGCUUAGGUGCAGUGCCACCUCACCCAUCACCGCAGCACCACCACGCCGGGCCCGCCGCCAUGGGUCGGGAUUUGACAUUCUUAUGUGGCAGCCUUGACGGGAUGGAUCCGUGGUAUUGGUAUAUCUCGCGAUGGUCGCAGUCGGUAGUGCUGUUGUGCUUUGCCUUCUUCUGACAGCCAGUACCAGACAUCACCGUUGAAGGAAACAGUGGACGUCAGGCAGCAACACCACACCACCCAAAAUGGCGACGACAACAAUGACCAAGACCACCAACACACAAACCAUCCUCCUACCGCCAACACCACCCCAGACACCACCUCCAGAGGUCAGGAAACCAACCCUCACCCUCCUCUCCCCCGCCCUGCCCAUCCCUGCCUCUCCAUCUACAACGUUCGCAUUCGAGAAAGCACCACCACCCUCACAACCAUCUCAAUUCCUCCUCGCCGCCUCGGCCCGCCUGUCCGCCCUAGGAUGGAAAUCGCGUCCGCGCCAAGGACCGCAAGGAGUCUGCCGGCAACUUCAAAAGCCGAAUCGGAGUCUGGCGAUACCCACACUACUUCCUGGUGGUGUGCCGAGUAUCAUCGUUCACGGGCCAAAGUGCGAGUGUAGGGAACGAGAAGAGAGGACGGAGAAGGCUGCCGAUGAGGAAUUAGUGGCGAGGGUGUUUGCGUUGGCACAGCAGAGUGAUGUGAGGGAGAGGAUAGAGGAGCAAAAGAGGAUUAAGGAAAAGAGGGAGAGAAGUGGUGGAAGAAGAAAGAAGGGAGUGUUUGGAUGGAAAGUUGAGAUUCCCAAGGAGGUGACGAGGUUCUUCAGUGGUUCUACCGCUUCGCUCUCCGACUCCGACUCCGAGACGGCAGGAGCAAUCACCGACCACCACAAAAUUACCGAUCUCUAUCUGGCCUGUUCCAAUCUCGACAUAGACAAAAUCGUCGCCCAUAUAUUGACCAACAUGGUCCCGAUCAAUGGGCGCUGCACCAUUACUUCCUCCGAAGUUGGCUCUCAACCGGUCGAGACCACCCCCCUCUUUUCCGUGCUCCGCUGCCCCCUCUUCUCGACUCGUCCAAAAGGUCAGACGGCAAUCCUCCGGCUCUUGCUUGACCUGGGCGCCGACCCCAACACUUCCGUCUCCGUCCUCCCUCUGUCAUUCGAAUCAACCCACCUUUCCGCACAAUCACAACCAGGAAGAAUUACCGCGUUGAGCGCUGCUUGCAUCCUCGGCGUGCCCGAAGCAGUUUCCCUCCUCCUAGAGCGCGGCGCAAAAGUUGAUGCCAGAGAAACCAGCCUACCCCUUGGGGUCGAUGGAAAGUGGGGGAAGGGGCUCAGCGCCUUGGAUGUUGCAAUUCUGACUGGCGGACAAGAGCGAGUUGUGAAAGUGCUCCUCCGAAAGGGAGCCAACGUAACGGGAAGUUGCGAACUCUUCCUUCCUGCUCAGCUCCCAAGCAAACUGGCAGGUACGAUUGGGGGCAGGCCAAGGAUGAGGAGCGCUUCAACUGCCACUGCGAGUUUCCAUUCCAGACAGCAAGAGCGACAGCAACAACACAACGAACAAUGGCCAGCACCACUACCAGUUUCGAAAAAGGUCACAAGACUCUCAAACCUAACACCCCUCCACCUCGCCUCCCUCUCCUCCUCCUCUUCCUCCCCAAACUCCGCCCUCGCCUUUACCUCCAUGAUCCUCUCCUCCCCCUACAGCAAAGCCGACAACAACGCGCGCACCUCCAGUCCCCUCAACGGCGGCCGCACGCCCUUGCACUACGCCGCUGAAUCUCUCAACCUCGAAGUCUCCUCCCUUUUACUUUCUGACCACCGCACCGAUCCGCACACAACGGAUGACGAUGGUGCUACCCCCCUGGCUUUGCUUGUGGGCAAGUUGGAGCAGAGUAAUUACUGGACUCGGACGAGACAGAAUGAACAACAUGUGGUGGAGUUGGUCCGCAGGUUGUUGAGGGCUGGAGCGAACGCGGGAGUGAGGUAUGGGACGGAUUUGAGUUUGAAGGCGAGGCUUUUGGCGAUGGAUUGUGAGGGCGAGGAUGGUGAGGACAAGAAGUGGGGGGUGUUGUUUGAGGAGGAUGGAAGGGGUGUGUUGAGGGGGAGUGUGAAGAGGAGGACUUUCUAGGUUUAAUAGGCUGGUGAAAAGAAAGGAAUCACAUUCGGAUGAUGUAUGCAUACUUGGCGUUUUGGUGCUCAAUGGCGUUAACGGAGUGGCCUGAUGUCUCCAAGAACGAUAUUAGGGACAGGCAUUUGUUGUAUUUUCUUUCUUCCAUUCGGUCACA